AUGAAGGUGCUCGUGGGAGUGAAACGAGUAAUCGACUAUGCCGUCAAGGUUCGGGUGAAGCCAGACAAAACGGGAGUUGUUACGGAAAAUGUCCAGCACAGUAUGAACCCAUUUGAUGAGAUCGCUCUAGAAGAAGCUGUUAGAAUGAAGGAAAAGAAGAUAGCAAAGGAGGUUGUUGCCGUCUCAAUGGGAGGGCCUAAAUGUCAAGAAGUUCUACGAAAUGCUCUUGCCAAAGGUGCAGAUAAGGCUAUACAUAUUGAGAUUGCGGAUGCUGACGUACCGAUGUUGGAACCUCUACACGUGGCGAGAGCGUUUAAGAAGAUUGUGGAGAAGGAGAAAUUUGAUGUAGUUUUCUUGGGAAAACAGGCAAUAGAUGACGAUGCUGGCCAGACGCCACAAAUUCUUGCUGGCCUGUUGGAAUGGCCUCAGGCCCUUUUCGCUAGCAAGGUCGAGAAGGCAGAUGAUACUCAUCUAGUGGUCAACAGAGAAAUCGAUGGAGGUAUGGACGUAGUAAAGGUACUUCACUAUCGUAUUCUUUCUUAA